AUGGAUAGGGGAACGCGCCCAGCAAAGUCAUGUGUCAGAUCAGCAGUUUCACGCGAUAAUUUCGGAAGAACAAGACGACGAAAACGCGUACACAAAGAGCUGACAUCGGAUCCAACGCAUAAGCGCCGUCGGAAGGACGCAGGCGGCAGGAGUGCGGGCAACGAGCGGAUAUACUACGGCGAGGCGGGCUUUCGCAUCUGGGAGCUGGGCAUCCUGCACAACACUGAUGGCCGCGGUCGUUUCCAAGUAGUCAGCACUUCGGAUGGAGCAUUCUGGGUGCAUACACCGGUUGUGCGGAUGGAGAUUUGUCGUCUUGAGGCUGGAAAGGGCAACGGCGAUGUUUUAGUGAUUGCAAGGCGUCAACGGAGCCAGCACGCACUAGACGAUAAAGACUAUUAUGACAUUGACGUAUCUUCGCAGGUUCGCAUUGACACUCUCGGAGGAUUUCAAAAGACAAAAGAUAAAAGCAAACGUCUACAUGAGGAUUGGUCAACAGCGGAGGGAUGUCUACAGAACACACCAAUCCCUGCGACGUCUGGGACAGUGAAGAGCAUAUAUACACGUGUCCGAUGCACACAAGAACGAAGGACAUCUACAGGCGAUCGAGAAGAUGUGUCGUACCAUCCCCUUUGGCCCAACCUGUCGUCGAGGAACGGAUUCACCUCCAGCGGUCUUGGGCUCAAGCUUCAAGCUGGGAUCCAGGCAGGAUCCGAUGGCGAAGUACCAUGCAAGCACAAGCGGAUCCACGGCCCCAACGCAUCCGGGGAGAGGAGGGAGAACGAACCGGAAAACAAAGGAUUCAUGACUAAGAGUGGCGUUAAAGAUGGUCAACCAGCUAUCUCUGCCAUCUGGGUUAGACUAUUUCAGGAAAGAAAGGUCUCUGAGCUUCUGGACAGAAUUCCAACGAUCGCGAAAUCACCCCAACGACUCCCCCAAUACUCAUACUCGCCUCCCAUCGAUGACCAUGAAGGCUUUGGGGUCUUGAUAACGACUGUGAUUAGUGCAAAGGUCACGACGCGAGAGAUACACGUCAGUAAAAGCUCGGUUUAUAGCGUGCUUGACAAAUUACACACCUGUUUCUUCACGUUCGUCACCUACGAAGCCAACCUGAAAAACAAAAAACAAAAAGUCGAUAGUGCUGGAGCGGCGCAACCACUAGAUAUCAGACUCAGAGCUCAUUGCGCUUACACCCUCACUUAUCAGGCGCCGAUGGCCAAUUGUCAAUCAUCGGAUGUGUACAGUAUUAUGCAGAGAUAA